AUGACAAGUGCCGAAGAUAUUUUGUCAAAAAUUUUUCAAUCAAAUGGCGUAUAUGGAAGUCAAUUUGAUGAAACAAAUAGAGAUCGGUAUAUUCCAGAAUAUCUCUUUACAUUAGUGAAUAAACAAAGGAUACUUUUCUAUUUCAGUCAUCGUCAUAAUAAAAUUAGCGAUUUGGGUAGUUACUUAGAUUCAACUCUAGCCAUAAUUGGUACAAACUCAGAUGAAAUACGCAGUCAUGCACGCAUGUAUGAAACUGGCCGACUUGGAUCAGAUGUGACUAGUUUUCAUUUCGAUGGUGUAACUGGUCUUUUUAAGUGUAAUAAAACAGAUUAUACUGGAAUAGCAAAUUUUAAUACAAUUCGAGCUGACGUAUGUGUUUAUAAAGGAAAAUGGCAGUAUGAAGUGAUGUUAGAAACUCGUGGGAUUAUGCAACUUGGAUGGUGUACUUAUAACUGUCGAUUCUCUCAGGAGAUUGGCGUCGGCGAUACAUGGACAUCAUAUUCUUAUGAUGGCCAACGUGUAAGAAAAUGGAAUGUACAGAAUUCAAAAUAUGGCGAUCCUUGGCUUGCUGGUGACGUGAUAAGUUGUCUUAUUGAUUGUGACGAAGGCACAAUUUCUUUUAAGAGAAAUGGUGCAGACUUAGGCGUGGCAUUCUCAAAUGUAUCAUUUGGAGCCGGUAUAGCGUAUUUUCCUGCUAUUAGUCUUUCUCAAAAUGAAUGUAUACGUAUUAAUUUUGGUGCAACUCCAUUACGUUAUCCAACGAAAGGAUUUCUACCGUUUGAUCUAAAACCGACACGUUUAAUUAAAGAAGCUGAUUAUUUACUGAAUAUAUUUGAAUCUGUUAUUCGAGCAUUCAGUGAGAAAAUAGCACUGAAAACACACGCUACAAAAUCAAAUUCCUACAAAUUGUUAUCCGAAGAUAUCAAUGCUAAUCAACAGACUAUAUCAAAUGAUUCGGCUUUAAUGCUAAUAGCUGGACAAGUAUUGGAACGUUUGACUCCGCUAAUGGAUUCGGCCUACGUUGUUGAAGAAUGUUUAUUAAAAAUGUUGUUAAGAUUAUGUAGACAGACAUUGAAUGAUGAACAUUUAGAAAUAAAAAUAUUUCUCGAUUUGCUUUGGUCAUUUUUAGAGCCAACAGAAUUACUUGAUAUUUUAACCCAAAUUUUUUUAACAUUGAAUGUUAUGUAUUGUUUUGCACCAAUCAAAAUAUCAUUUGCUGAUCAACGACAAUAUUUAUAUUUGGUACUAGCUUUAUUGAAACAUGAAGAUACACGAAAAAGAUUUCCUCUUUUCAUCGAUAUUAAACCUCCAGAUAGCGAAGUUUUAAAAGAAAUUGUACCAACAGUUUGGAAUAAAUCAAAAUCGGCAACAUCGAUUACAUUCGAAGCUUUAGAACAAGAAUUAGCUUAUUUAUUUGCUUGUCGAUCCUUGAAAGAAGAUCUUCAAACAAUUGAAACUAUACAAGUUGAAAUUUUAAAACUACUAUUAUUACCGUCAGACGUUCUUGUUCGUCCACCAUCAUCUAAAUUUUUAUUCAUCACAAAAUUUCGUUUAUUUUUAAAAGAAAAUUUAACCGAAUCACCUCUUCAAGCUUCAAAUCAAGUAUCUCCAGGCGUAAUUAGAAAUUUGUUUCAUCGUCUAUUUCAAGUGCUCGAAUAUUAUUGGAAUCAAUAUCAUGAAAUCAAAGCGUUAGAUGAAGGAGUGGAAUCAUCUCUAUCAUUUGAACAAGCCUAUGUUCCAACAAGCAAAUUUUACGACGAUAAUCUUGAUUAUUUUGAUUUACAACGUCUUGGAGGAUUAAAAGCACAUCUAGAGAAGGAAUACGCUAGUAAAUUAAUUACUUAUAAUCAUACUGAUCAUCGACGUCAUUAUUCAAAACAAAAUAGUAGCACAUUACCUGAUACAUCACUAUCCAAACUCAAAACUGGCUCAGAAAGUUUAACAGAACUGUUAGAUGGAAUCAUUUUUCUUUAUCAUAUUGGCGUACAUAAACAUUUUGUCAAAAUAACAGAAGUAACUGAAACAUUGCGUGAUUAUUCCAAUGCUUUGGCUGAUAUAGAAACGAAAAUAAAAAAUUGUCGACCAGAAUUUAAUGAAAUAAUGGAUGAAUUAUUACGUUCAAAAAAAAUAUUUGAAGAACAAGUAGAAGAUCUUAUGAGAAAAGCUGCAUGGGUAGUUACUGCCGUUUUUUCACAGGAAAAGAAAAAACACAUAGUAGCAAUGCAUCGUUGUAUUCAUCGUACAUUACAAAAAGCAUCUGAAUCAGGAAAUUUAUUUACAUUUGUACCAGAAAUCUAUAUUGAUAUUUAUUUAAAUACAUUUACGGCACUUAAUUCGUACUUUUCACCAGACGAUUCAUUGACAACAAAAGAUGUUUCUGAAAAUUUUGUGGAAUUUAUUGUAAGUCAUUUGCAAGAUAAACGCAUUAUUAACGUUGAUGUUCGAGAUAAUAUUGUACAAUCUCUGAGUACAUUAGCAUUCUAUCCUGAAAUGUUAAAAUUACUUGAGAACAUGCCACAAACAUAUCGUAAAACAAUGAUUAAUGCUUUACUAUCUCCAUAUGCCAAUCGAUCAUGGGCAAUGACAAAUUUGAUUCUUGUGAGAUUUUGGAAGGGUUGUGGGUUUGGAUUUCGUUACUCACAAUUAUAUCAAUCACGCCUUUUACAAGGACCAAGAAAAGAUCGAAUUCAAGAACCCUGUCCAUCCGUUUUAUAUCAAAAAGAAAUUGGUGAAUAUUUAUUGGAUAAUACUGAUGAUGCAAUUAAUUUUUUUAAUACUCUACUAAAUCAAUUGAAUUGGGCAUUUUCAGAAUUUAUGGGCAUGUUGAAAGAUUUAGUUCAACGACCUCGUACAGGAUUAUCACUAACAAUUGAUCAUCGACAAUUAAAAAUGUGUUCAACCUGUUUUGAUGUAUCUGUGAGUUUAUUACGAACAAUUGAAUUAUCUGUCAAUGUUGCACCUGCUCUAGUAUUAGAAAAAAAAUCACAACAGUCAGAAAUGUUACUUGUUCGACUUUUGCAAUUACUUAGUCAAAUUAUUAAUAGAUUGUCAACUAAAAAUAAUAUACUUUUUCAACAAAUAUUUCAGAUGAAAGUAUCAACAUUAGAAAAUAUUCAUUAUUAUCCAAUAUUUUCUGCUGUUUGCGGUAUUCUUGUUCGAUUGAUUAUUCAUUCGUCGGAUGAAGCUUCAUCGCGUGUUUGUAAUGCCAUACACUAUGAAGCUGAUUUAGAUAUGAAUUGUUUACAUCGUUUAUUGUUUGGCUAUGAAAAAUCAUCUGAUAAUGACGAUCGUUAUCAUAUAGGUGGUGCAACUGUAAUUUCUCAAAAUACUUUUGCUCUUAUAUCUCAAAACGAGAUUAAUUCAUCAGAAGCAAGAGAAUUAGAUGAACUAUUUAAGAUUUUAUUAUCAAGUUAUGUAACGAUAAAAGCUGAAAUAGAGAAACGUGAUAAAAAUGGUCAAUCGUUAUGUAUUAUAUGUUGUUCACAUCCAAUUCAAGCUGAAUUUCGACCUUGUGCACAUCAAGCAUGCAUUUCCUGUAUGUGCCAUCAUUUAAUGACGAAUAAUGAAUGUUUUUUCUGUAAAACUAUCAUUCGACAUGCUGUCGAUUUAAGAGGAAAUAUUAUUGAAAUUGGGGGUUACGGGACACGAUUAAGACCGUUAACAUUAACUAAACCCAAACCACUAGUUGAAUUUUGUAAUAAACCGAUGGUGCUACAUCAAAUUGAAGCACUUGUACAAGCCGGUGUUGAUCAUGUGAUAUUAGCUGUUAGUUACUUAUCUGAUAUGUUACAACGGGAUAUGGAAACUGAAGCUAAACGUUUACAUAUAACAAUAACAAUAUCACAAGAAACGGUACCAUUAGGAACGGCUGGACCGUUAGCAUUAGCACGCGAACAUUUAAAAACAGAUAACGAACCAUUUUUUGUUUUAAAUUCGGAUGUUAUUUGUGAAUUUCCAUUUGGAGAAAUAAUUGAAUUUCAUAAAAAACAUGGACAUGAAGGAACAAUUGUAAUUACUAAAGUAGAAGAGCCGAGUAAAUAUGGUGUAGUAGUUUAUGAAAUAAAUACUGGAAAAAUUCAACGAUUUGUCGAAAAGCCACGUGAAUAUGUGUCAAAUAAAAUUAAUGCCGGUUUAUAUAUAUUUAAUUCUUCUAUUCUUGAACGUAUUCAAUUGAAACCCACAUCAAUUGAAAAAGAAGUAUUUCCAGCAAUGGCUAAAGAUGAAGAAUUGUAUGCUUAUGAAUUGAAAGGAUUUUGGAUGGAUGUUGGUCAACCAAAAGAUUACUUAACUGGAAUGGGUUUAUAUUUAAAUUAUGUUCGACAUUCUAAUCCCGACAGAUUAUCUCAUGAAACUUGUAUUGUGGGAAAUGUUUUAAUAGAUUCAUCUGCUCGAAUUGGUGAAAGAUGUCGUAUAGGUCCCAAUGUUGUUAUUGGUCCUAAUGUUGUUGUUGAAGAUGGUGUAUGUUUAAAAAAUUGUACAGUAUUAUCAGAUUCUUUAGUUAAAAGUCAUUCAUGGAUAGCUAAUUGUAUUAUCGGUUGGAGAUGUAUUAUUGGACAAUGGGUUCGUAUGGAAAAUACCACUGUGCUCGGAUUAGAUGUUGUUGUUCAAGAUGAACUAUUCAUUAAUGGUGGUACUAUAUUGCCACAUAAAUCAAUUAGUGAAUCAGUUACUGAACCAAAAAUUUUAAUUUAA